GAUGGCAGCAGCAUUCUCAACGCAAUCGUCGUGCAGUACACAUCGUACAGCUCAACUUACAUUCAAACAGACAUCGCCAAACAACGCAACAUGGCCACCAAAUACGAACAAUCAAAGACUUAUCAGUACCGCAAGGUGAUGAAGCCCCUGCUGGAACGCAAGCGUCGCGCACGCAUCAACAAGUGCCUGGAUGACCUCAAGGAUCUGAUGGCCGAGUGUGUGGCCCAGACGGGCGAUGCCAAAUUCGAGAAGGCCGACAUCUUGGAGGUCACCGUAGAUUAUCUGCGCAAACUGAAGCAGUCCAAGGCCGCCAAUUCCAAUGCCAAGGCCGCUGCAUCCGCCACUGAGCACAGUUUCCGUGCCGGCUACAUUCGUGCCGCCAAUGAAGUUUCCCGCGCACUGGCAGCACUUCCCAAAGUUGAUGUCGCCUUUGGCACCACGCUGAUGACCCACCUGGGCAUGCGCUUGAAUCAGCUGGAGCAGCCCAUGGAGCAGACAGCGCCAAUGUCAAUGAACACGCCACUCAGCAUCAACUGCGACUCCGUCUACUCCAGCAAGAGCAGCAGCAGCAGCAGCAGCAGCAGCUCCAGCAGCCACCGCGACACCUACAGUCCCGUCUCCAGCGGCUAUGCCAGCGACAGUGAUUGUGGCUCAACCACGCCCAUCGCCGCCCAAUCUCUACUGCAAAUCAGCAACAACGGUACCAGCGUCUGGCGUCCCUGGUAAAGGAUAGACAACAAGAGGGAAAACAAAAGAAAACGCAACUGUGAUAACCAACUGUGAUGGGAACAAAACAAUUAGUAAAACAAUUAAAUAAAUGCAAUUAAGAAACAUAAAA